AUGGCUGGAGGUUCUAUCAACAUUCGUCGCGACAUCAGCGACCCCUUCUAUCGCUACAAGAUGGAGCGUCUUCAGUCCAAGAUUGAAGGCAAGGGUAACGGUAUCAAAACCGUCGUCGUCAACUUGAGCAAUGUUGCUCAGCAGCUUGCCCGCCCUCCUACCUACGUCAUCAAGUACUUCGGUUUCGAACUCGGUGCCCAGACCACCAAUGACCCCAAAGACGACCGCUGGAUCAUCAACGGAGCACACGAGGCUUCAAAGCUGCAAGAUUAUCUCGAUGGCUUCAUCAACAAGUUCGUCCUCUGCAGAAGCUGCAAGAACCCCGAGACUGUCAUCAGCAUCAAGGAUCAGCGCAUUCUCAUGGAUUGCAAGGCUUGCGGUACCAUUACCGAAGCCGACCCUCGCCAGAAGCUGUCUUCAUUCAUCUUGAAGCAGCUCCCUGCCAAGGGCAAGAAAGACAAGUCCACUAAGAAGGCUGAGCGCAGAGCUAGAAAGGAGGCCGAGCGCAACGGUACUGCCACCAACGAGGAUGGCAACGGCAGCCCCAACGGCAGCUCCGACCAGGAUGAAGACGAUGGUGAUCUUGCUAUGGAUGCCGGCAGCGACGAUGAGCUCACCCGCCGCAUUAACGCUGAGGCACAGGAGCUUGAUGAGCCUGAGGAGGAGAAGGAGGUUGAAUGGACUGUCGACAUGUCCGAAGAAGCCAUCAAGGCUCGCGCCAGAGAUUUGCCUGACGACCUCAAGCGUGCUCUUGUCAUUGAGGGCGCUGAGGACGAGGACGGUGAGGGCAACUCCUAUGAUCAGUUCGGCAAGUGGGUUCUCGCUGAGGGCGAGGAGAAGGGUGGCGUCUCUAAGCUUGACGACGUCGAGAUUUACCUCAAGGCCAAGGAGCUCGGCAUUGAGACCAAGCACAAGACUGUCGCAGUUCUUGCCCAGACUAUCUUCGAUGAGAACAUUGUCAAGCAGGUUGAGGCCCGCAGCAGCAUGCUCAAGCGUAUGAUCUCUUCCGAAAAGCACGAAAAGUCCUUCAUGGGUGGUUUCGAGCGCUUCGUUGGUAUGGAAAAGCCUGAGCUCAUCCCUCAAGUUUCUGCCAUUCUGCUUCAAUUCUACCAGAACGAUCUCGUCUCUGAGGAGACUCUCAAGGCCUGGGGCUCCAAGGCCAGCAAGAAGUACGUUGACCUGGCCACUAGCAAGAAGGUCCGCAAGAGCGCCGAGAAGUUCAUCGAAUGGCUCGAGACCGCUGAGAGCGACGAGGAUGAUGAGGACGAGUCUUCUGACGAGGAGUAA